AUGAUAAUGGCUCAUAUUUUGAACUGCAUCUUGUUUGUUUUCAUAUGUUGUAAAAGUAUUGUUGAUGCGGGAUUGACAGCAACAUUACCCAGUGGUUCGAAUUCAUAUGCGAAAGAUGCAGUAAUCUUAUACAGCCGAAUUCUUUGUCCGGAUAAUAAUUAUAAUGCAGGAAAAUAUACUGUUACUGUGGCUGGUAAUUACUUGGUGUCUGUUACCAUGAUGUCAGGCACUGUAACCGCUCACACUACUCUAAGGAAGAAUGCUGCUAUUUAUGUAUGGCUAUAUACUGGUAACCAAUAUGAUAUGGCAACUCAAACUGUCUGCAUGCAACUGGCAGUGGGUGACAUGAUUUGGGUCCAGAUGACCAACAAGGCAUCGAUCCUCUUUGAUGUUUACAACACUUUCACUGUUGUUAAGUUACCAUGA